CCGUUUGGUGCGAUAGUGUUGUGUAAGCGCGAGUGCGGGAAAAACCGGCAUCGUCGUUGAACAAUUCUGUGCGCACAAGACCACAGGCGAUUGCACGGACAAUUUUGUGAAUCGAAAUACACACAAGAAAUAUAUCACAAAAAGCAAAGCUUCUGGUGGUAGCGAUCGAGAACCAACAUGACCGUUUAAAGUUCAUUGCACCCGGAAGUAAAUAAAGUUUUCGGAACAGUGUACAGUGACGAGUUUUAAAAAAGUGGCACUGGAAAUCGCGUUGAUAAAUCGUGUCGUUCGAUAUCCUCCGUACACCGAGUUUAUUCGUGCGGGCUUCAACGUUUGUUUUUGCUUGUUUGUUUUCAAUUUACGUAUUUAAUAGUAGUUAACGUUGAUGAACCGAUUGUAGCGUUGAAAUAACGUGUGAGUGAGGGACAUGGCUUCAGGAUUAUUCACGGAGUUGAGAAAGCUCGAAUUUGCAAUGGGGUGGACAACGUGUUUGUUUCUCUCCUGCUUGUUGCUGAUUGGUCAAGUUCAAGAAUCUCGGCAGCUGGUAAUAAAAAGCAUAAAUGUGCUGCCGUACGUGCAAGAGGGAGCGAACGAUCACGUGAUACUCGACUGCGAUUACGACAUGGGCAAUUCGUCAACCGAUGGUCUCGUCGUUAAAUGGACGCAUAACGAUACUUUGGUGUACAAAUGGCAUGCUGGUAGGCAACCAGAAGCAGUGGAAACCGCUACCCACAUCGAGGUCGGCUACAAAGCCAGCAGCGAUCCUUUCAAAAUGUAUCGGGCUAUGAAAUUCAAAAAUCCCAAUAUAUCUCUGACCGGCAAUUACACGUGCGACGUUUUCAACUUCGUCGACGAGCAGAUCGCCUCAGCUCCGAUGAUCGUUUAUUCGACCGAGGAAAAGUUCGAACUGGUCUACAGCAAGCGACUGAUCGAUGGCGACGAUGGUGUCGAAGUGUUCUGCCUCGCCGAGGGACUUUAUCCCGAGCCCGAAAUGGACAUCUCCAUCGACAAUAUUUCAUUGAAUAAGGGGAAAAAAGCUGAAGUUGAGAAACGAGCGGAUGGAAAGUACGACAUUCGGAGGAGAAUAUCGCUCAGGGAUGGAGAUCUGACACCCCCAGCUCUCAUCAAGUGUACGCUCAGCAUACCGGACGCCAAAUAUCACAUACCACGAGAAUUCGUCUACUAUCCUGGAAAGCCAACAACAACUCCGUCAUCCACGACGAAGCUACUGAGAACAAUGGCGGAGAUCCAGGCGUUUGACAGCAACGAACCAGACACUGACAAUGGUGGUGGCAGCACAGCUUCGAUCGCAUCUUGCAGUUUGAUUCUGAUGACUGCGAGUCUCUUCGCUCUCAGAACGAUACACGGAUAGUCUUCUCAUUCGUAGGCUUUAUUCCCAGAGUAACCGACCAACGUAAUCCGUUUUCAUCUUCAAGAUUCCACCCCAACAAUCAUCAACGACCAUUCGAAACUGGGCUUUGGGAUCGAUGAAAAUGAGGAGAAACAACGAUGCGUGUAAUAUAGAAAAAUUUAUAGAAUGUGAAUGUAUAAUCUCGUCGUCUGAUCGUAACGUCGUUUCCACUGGUCCACGAAAGCUGGGAACACGUUUCUUUUCAAAACUAAUCGGUAAUAGAAAUUAAUUAAUGAAUAAGAAGGGAGGAGAGAAAUGAAGACAUAUCGCGAUCAUUUGGACGCUCUCAAUAAAAAAAUACAUGUGACGCGACAAUACGGAGGGAGAGUCAAGGAGACGGAGAGGGCGGUGCAAGAAUAAAGGGACUUUGGUGAGACGAUUCGAUGAGAUGAAAAUAUAUGAAUGGUCUUUGCGGUCGACGCUGAAGAAAAUUUCUCGAAAAUACAUCAAAUGUAUUUGGUCUACGGUGUAAAAAUAUUUUGUGUCAAUUCUUGCGUCAAAUUUUCAAGGAUCCAAACAUUUAUAUAUAGAAAUAUAUAGGAAAUAGUACUUGGAAAGCUUACGAGUUAAAAGUCGUCGCAAGUUCGACGUCGAGACUCUGUCGUGUCCCUAAAAUAAAAACGAAAAACAAGAGAACGGCGCGAAAUUUAUAUUCUCGUUAUCAUAGGGCACACACUUUUAUCUACGAUUUAACAUAUGUCCAAAGAUUAAGUGAACAAUCAUGCCGGAAGCUAACGAGUCAGGCGGUAAACAAACCAAAAAUACAAAUAAAACAAAGAACCCACAGGGCCAGGUGGAAUCACACGAGUUUAAAACAGGGUAGAAAACAUUUUGCCAAAGUGUCGUUGGACCUUCGUUGGAACGUAAAUUUAACAAUUUUCGCAUUUUCAUUAUUUUUUAUUCUCAUCAACUCAUUUAUUUGCUAUCUCUCAAGAGAGAAUCGAUAUUUUCCAUCGUUCACGAUGAACCAAGAGAGCAACAGUUUUUCUGAGCACUCGAAGAAUGCCUGUGAAAAAAUGCAUCAACUUCCAUUUGUCGGUAGUGCACAGCGAUACCGAAGAAACGACUAUUUCAAAAUCAACGCAAGCUGAAAAAGUUGAGCACCAAAAAAUAGCGAUAAUAAUAGUAAUAACUGUUGAGUAUGAAUAUUUUCGUAGAUAAUUCACCUCGCAAUUUCGUGCGUUCAAUUCAGCACCUUCGAAAGUGUUCUUUUCUUCGUGUCUCUGUUUUUUUUUCUCUUGGAAUCACUUCAACUUGUGACACUUGUGAAGAAUUAUUCGUCAGUUUGAAGUCUGAAUGAAAAAAGUAUUCUCCAAGUUUCUCGCCUCUCACGUCUUUCUAAAGAUGCUCAAGUACAAUAAAACCGUUUUUCUUUUGUUUUCGAAUAAAAAUAACCAAAAGCGUUGAUAAAAUGAGUUCAGUGCACGUAAAUAUCUGAAUAUUUGAUCGAACAAAACCUGCAUUGUGACUCAAUUGGUUUCAAAUUAUUCGCCUUAACGAGCAGGUGAAAAUGAGCAAAAAUAAGCAUAACACAGACACACAAACUCACACAGAGAAAAUAAAAAAACUAAACUUUUUAUCUCGUUGUAAUUUUGUACGAUUAAUCUCUGUCCGGCUAGUUCCAGACUCGUGUACAUUGUAAUAAUAUACAAAUGAAUUAGUGAUUGAAUAUCGACGAUUAAAUGACUGUACCUACUAUAAAUAAUAUUGUUGCGAGACGAAAAAGCGAGAGAAUUUGUUAUCUAUAUUGUAUUUUUAAAGAAUCACUUUAUCGGCGGGUCAGAGCCUCUCGGCUGCUAAAUACGCGGAGGUCACUUUUUUCCUAGUCUCACCACUAAUCAUACGAAACCAUUAUUAAAACUAAAUACCAAAUAUUUCAUUCACAACAAAUGAUGGCGUUAAAUUAAGGCAUUGUAAGCGUCAUAUUAAUAGGUUAGAUUAAAAAAUAAAUAAAAAAAAAGAAGAAGAAAGGAACAGAUGAGAAGGAGGAACGAGACAAGAGCGUUUAUCGAUGGGUGAUCGAUAAAACGCGUUGUUGUUGCUUGUAUAAAAUUGUCCAUACACUGCGUUGUUAUACGAAUAGGAAAAAAAAAAAAAAUAAAAAAAAUAAAUGAACGAAAAAAAAGUGAGAAACGAAA